GUUCAUUCUUCCUCCACCCCCGGCAGGCUGAGCUGCCUUCCUCUACCCUCAUUCUAGUCGGUGAUUUUCUUUGAAUCUUCUUCUUUUUCCCCUCCCCCUCCUCCUCCUGCCUUCCUCUUCGCGCUUCACCGCCCGCGAUGCCCUUGUUGGUUGUAUAUGACGUCUCUGUUGGAUGGCAGCACUCGAAGAUAUCCCGUGGAUAGAUUCCAUGGCCCCCGCAACGCUCCCAAACGACCAUGCUGAUUCUCAGCCUCUGACGGUCGCUGCAUUUUCGCCCACUACCAUCUCGGGAUCCUCUCUGACCUCCCGACAGCGUUCUAGCAUCAUCGUACAUCGCAAGUCCCCUCUACUAGUUGCUACUCCUCCGCCGGUCACGCGAGCUCUUGCCUACUCAUACCCGUUCAUUUUGCCGCUAAAUACCCUCGUUGGUUUGCUGACAUGGACAACCGGCGACUCCUGGCAGAGCUUCCUCCUGGUAGCGGGGUUCUGGGCGGUGGUACUAUACGGUGAUGCUAUUAUUCUCCGGGCUGGGCCGCCCUUGGUGGUGAUCGGGCUCAUCCUGGGAAUGUACUGGAGACGUUACUCGCCUUUAUCGACUAGGGCUUUCUCGACAGAGAAACACAAUCAAUCAGCUUCGUCAGACGGUUCUUCUCAUCACCAUGAGAGUCUUGAUGAGAUCGUGGAGGCAAUGAGGACAUUUACUACACGGUGUAAUAUUCUUUUGGAGCCACUCGUGGAACUUACAGAUUUCUUGUCAACCCAAAGGACGGCUACCUCCGCGACCACGCGGCCAGCGCUUACUACUCUAUUCUUUCGAAUCCUCUUUGUUACUCCUAUAUGGAUUGCCCUGACGCUUCCCCCUGUAUACCUAAUCACUACUCGCCGUGUCAUUAUGGUUAUCGGCACCAUCAUCCUUACAUACCACUCCCAAUCAGCCAGGGUAUGUCGUGUUAUUCUCUGGAGAUCACUUACGAUACGCCGCAUAUGCUCUAUUAUAACGGGCCUGUCCUUUUCUUUGAAUGCAAGCAAGGUGCAUAUUAUGCAAAGUCAUGGUCACGCAGCCAAUGUUGCCACUAGACGCCGCGGAGACUCCUCCGGCGUUCGUUUUACCUUUAUUCUUUAUGAGAACCAACGCCGUUGGCUUGGACUCGGUUGGACAUAUUCCUUAUUCCCCUCUGAACGCGCUGGGUGGACCGAUGAACAUCUAAAUCAGGUUCCGUCGAAAAGUGAUUUUGAACUACCUGAAGUUCAAAGCGGAAAUGCAAAGUGGCGAUGGGUUGAGGGUAGCGAGUGGCAUAUUGAAGGUGCUGAUGAUGCAAAAUCCGAUGCAAAGGCCGCUGAUGGUGGGGGUUGGAUUUACUACGAUAAUAAGUGGAACGACGGUCGUCGCGGCCAGGAUGGUUGGGAUCGUUAUACUCGCCGCAGGAAAUGGUGUCGUGAUGCCGAACUGGUCGAAAUCACAGCCGAUGGCGCCCCCGUGGAAGCCCCGUCCGGUUUAACACUGGCACUGGCGCAGGAAGUUGAAGAAAAGAUGAACCAGGAACAAGGCAGGGCCGACAGUUCAACAGUCGAUGCCGAUUCCGAGAGUCUCGCCCCGUCCACCUUCUCCAAGACACGGAGACGACAUUGGUUCGGGGGUUCGAAGAGUUUUUAACUCGCCGGGGAAGAAUGACACCAAGCCGAUUAGCAUCCCGUGCUCUCGAAGGCUCUCCGGUUUAUCAGGAAGCGGCAGCCACGGUACCAGCAUAUGUCGAGAAGGCA